CUAUCCCUCCCUCCCCUCCCUCUCCCCUCCCGCCACCCGCCACCCGCGGCCCGCCCAUGGAUCGGCCCCUUCUGAGCAUCGCGGCGGGGUCCGUGCUCUUCUCCGCGGGGUGCGCGCUGUGGCUCAUCAGCCUGCGGGAGUCGGUCAGCGAGGCCUGCUUCUGGGCGGUGGCCGCCGUGCCCCCGCUCUGCGCGCCGCUGGGCCUGGCGCUGCCGGCGGCGCUGUGUCCGUCGAGGGGGGCGAGCGGGAGGCUGGAGAGCCCCAGCCUCGUCGUGGCCCUGGGCUUGACGCUGGCGGCCACCCUACCCCUCCCCAGGGGGGCGCCGCCCACUCGCCGUCAGUAAGCAGCGCGCCGCUUCGACGAGGGCGG